CUUUUUCCUUAACAAAAUAGCGAAGCUCCGGACUGUCCGAAGCCCCGGUCGCUCACAGGUGGAGGGUCCCGGGGCCUAGGACGCAGCCCCGGAGCGGGAAGCUCCAGUGGGCCGUGAAGAGGCCGAGUCGAGAUCCGGGAGGCGCGCGGGGGUGGGCGCUGCAGCCGCGGGUUGUUUAUCUGGAGUACGGAGGGGAGGGGGGAGCCUGGAAACCGCCCCGUGUCCCAUUUCCUCCUCUUGUUUUCGCUCCGGAUUCUCCAUGUUGGACCCAAACUGAGGAGCCCGGAGCUGCCGCCGGGGGAUCGGGGCCGGGGGCACCCGGGGGAGCCGUUGCCCGGGCCGCCCGCCCUCUGUACAGGCCGCCUACCUUCCCGGCCCGGGGAGGAAACGAGAGGGGGGAUGUGAACAGCUGUGGAAGUCGGAAUCUCGGGAGCUGGAGCGGGCCCCCGCCCAGGCCCCCCAGCCCAGCCCAGCCCGCGCGCCCGCCAGUCCUCCCGCCCAGCCAGCCCGGGCCCGCGGGAUUGUUAGAUGGAACACGGCUCCAUCAUCACCCAGGCGCGGAGGGAAGACGCCCUGGUGCUCACCAAGCAAGGCCUGGUCUCCAAGUCCUCUCCUAAGAAGCCUCGUGGACGUAACAUCUUCAAGGCCCUUUUCUGCUGUUUUCGCGCCCAGCAUGUUGGCCAGUCAAGUUCCUCCACUGAGCUCGCCGCGUAUAAGGAGGAAGCAAACACCAUUGCUAAGUCGGAUCUGCUCCAGUGUCUCCAGUACCAAUUCUACCAGGUACGUGACUCUGGCCUGAUCCCAGGGACCUGCCUGCUCCCAGAGGUGACAGAGGAAGAUCAAGGAAGGAUCUGUGUGGUCAUUGACCUCGAUGAAACCCUUGUGCAUAGCUCAUUUAAGCCAAUCAACAAUGCUGACUUCAUAGUGCCUAUAGAGAUUGAGGGGACCACUCACCAGGUGUAUGUGCUCAAGAGGCCUUAUGUGGAUGAGUUCCUGAGACGUAUGGGGGAACUCUUUGAAUGUGUUCUCUUCACUGCCAGCCUGGCCAAGUAUGCCGACCCUGUGACAGACCUGCUGGACCGGUGUGGGGUGUUCCGGGCCCGCCUAUUCCGUGAGUCCUGCGUGUUCCACCAGGGCUGCUAUGUCAAGGACCUCAGCCGCCUGGGUAGGGACCUGAGGAAGACUCUCAUCCUGGACAACUCGCCUGCUUCUUACAUCUUCCACCCUGAGAAUGCAGUGCCUGUGCAGUCCUGGUUUGAUGACAUGGCAGACACUGAGUUGCUGAACCUGAUCCCAAUCUUUGAGGAGCUGAGCGGAGCAGAGGACGUCUACACCAGCCUUGGGCAGCUGCGGGCCCCUUAGCCUGCCCUGCUUCCAAGCGACGGCCAUCCCAGUAGGGGACUUUCCCACACUGUGCCUUUUUGAUCAGCGUGACAGAGUAGAAGCUGGAGUGCCUCACCACACAGCCUGUAAAGAGUGAGAAGUAAUUGGAAAGAGCUUUAGGACAGCUUAGAUGCCGAGUGGGUGAAUGCCAGAGCAACGAUACCCAGAGCUACCUGCCACCACCUUGUUGAGAUGUGUGUUUGAAAGAUUGUGUGUUUGUGUGUGUGUUUUGCCAUGAACUGUGGCCCCAGCAUAUAGUGUUUCAGUGGGGGAGAAGCUGAAAGACCAAGACUCUUCCCAAGUUAGCUUGUCUCCUCUGUCACCCUAAGAGCCACUGAGUUCUAUAGGGAUGAAGACUAUUGAAGGCUCCAUUGCCAAACCAUGGCCUUUCCUCAGUGUUGUAAGGCCUAUGCCAAGGAUAAAGGAAGGGUAUGCCUUUGGGUACUCCAGGCACACACCUUUCUGAAAUCCUUCUCCAGCCAGCUGCUGCAGACAAAAGAUCACAUUUCUGGGAAGAUGAGGACUUAUUUCCAGACCAGCACCCAGUGGCCAUCAGGUGUUGUGGCCCAAAGGCUGUGCUUGCGUCCAGCUGAGUGCCUGGGACAGGCCCUUUCUAUGUUUCCCCAAGGCUGGGGUGCUGAGCCUGCCUUCCUCACCACCUAGCCAUAGUCUCAAACGUGGGGAAGGAGGUUUUCUCCCUGCCCGGGAAGAGGACAGAUAACUGAUUUCCGUUCUUUUGACUCUGUUUUAAAAUUCUCUUUCUAAACACGGAGUGUCGGGCCUGGUUUGUUUCUGACAAAGUUACGAUCCUGGGCCUGUGAUGAAUGUCGGCAGCGCUGGGGUUGCAGGGAAAAGAUAAAUCCUCAAAGCGUGGACGUGUGUGUCCCCGUGACUUGUGGAUCAGCUGAGCUCGGGAUCAUUUCCAUAAGUCUGCUCUUCAGGGAUUCUCUGCUGGUGCUGGUGCUGGUGCAAGGACUUUUGUUCCAAGGGCUGGGAAGAACUAAGCUGCCCCAGCCCCUCCCAUUUCUUGGGCAGGGCUCUUUCCUGUUGUGUCUUCCCCCAGGGCCUAUCCUCUACUGAGCUCUGUCUGUUCCAGCCUUCAUCCUUCCUGGCUGUUGCUUUUCCUCCUGAGGGCCUCAGAACUUCUGCUGUUCCUGGGCUGAGGGGGAAUGAGUGUUCUUGCCAUUUGCCAGCCUAAUGCACAUGCUUUCUGCCUCUGGUAACAGGAGUGAGUGAGCCCCUCAGACCUGCACUCUGGGUGUUUCCUGCUUUCAAAGGUUCUUAAUAGUGAAUGCUUUAGAAUUAAAGUCAUCAUGAAAUGGAAGUUUUCCCAGGGUGGAAAAUGAGGAAGUGCUGCUGUAAUUGGGAGCACAAGGGGCCUCCCCAAAAGGAGCCCUACCUCAGCAUCACUGCCUUAAUUGUGGCCUCCCUGGGUGGGUGGGGUUCUCUCCUCCCUCCCUCCCUCCUGGGGUGGGAGGGAGCUCCUAUUCCCAUCUCUGUGUUCCCUGGAGGCAGGUAUCACAAAGCAUUUGUGAAUUGCUUCAGGUGCAGGGACACCACCCACUCAGGACUCUUCCCCAUUAUCCCUUCCAUUGCCACACCCUAGGUCCAGCCUCAGGAACUAACAAGUUCCGAGAAAAGCAGAGGGUAGAGCAGCAGCUUGGUGCUCUCAGCGGUAGCUGGCUGGCUGGCUGGCAUCUUUCUCUAGCGUUGUGGUGCCACCUUCCCUCCUGUUACAAGGUUAUAGGGCCUUGUCUUUCUCUCUGGAAUCAAAGUGGAACAGAGUCCCCAGAACUCAUGUGGUCAUUUCUGCCAGCAUCAUUCCCCUGGUGCCUGUGGGGUCCCAGUGUACCUAAAGGGAAAAGGGCCCCAUAUGCUAGCCAGGAAUACCAUCUCUUGAAGGAAAACGGGAGCUCAGAUCCUUAGAGCCAACUGUGGCUUUGGACCCAAGACCUGGCCUAGGCUGCUAUCCUAAUAUUGCAGGAGGGGCCUCUCUUCCAAGCCCCACCCUAAGGGUUAGCCCUUGGCCAAAUCUUUUUCUGUAUGGGCCCAGCCAGGCUCUUCUGACUAAAUAAGCAAUAAGAGGCCCUAAGCUGACUUGAGUUUCUAGGACCCUUUCCGCCCUCCCUUGGAUCUCCAUGUUUUUCCAGAUGAAAGAAGAGCGUGUGCCACCCCCUUUCCUAACAGGCUUGUCCAAGUGCUUGGUGUGGGGCCCAUGACCAAAGCCCAGGAUGGCUUGGUGGGAGUGUCCCUGCUGCAUCUGCAUGAAGCCCCUGCUUUCUAGGCCUCGCUCCCAUCAGAACCCUGCCUGCCCACCUGCAACUCCCCCACAGCAAUGCCAUUCCCACUUGCCCCAGAGAAGCUACUCAGCCAAACCUAGCCAGGGUCCAUUCAUGUGAACCAGAGCCAGCCUAGUCGUCAUUUGCUGUCGGGUUUCCAGUUUCACCGUGUGUUAGGGUGAGGGAUGAUUGUAAAAUUUGCUCCUCAGAGGAAUCAGGCCAGUCUCAAUUUUGGAGGGCAAGACAGGGAGGAAGCUGCUUCAUCUCGGACUCUGUUCUAGGGCUUCCCACCAUCAGCCCCUCCCACUUGAGACUGGUCUUUGGGAGGUAAUAGGCCACCAUGCUUGGUCAGCACCAAUUCAAGCCAUGCCAGGAAUCUGCCUACCUGCCAGAUUCAGUUCUUUUAAGGUGCCUCUUCAGGGACACAGUGUCUCUCUCUGAUUGGGCUUCUAAAUCAAAAGCCUGAUGUUCGUGUCCCUCUCAUAGGGGGAGCUUUGGACACAGGACCAGUUUGGAAAAGGGUCAGGUAAGGGUUUCCACUCUGCACAUUGUAGAGGGGACACUCUGUAGGCCCAUGGGUCCCUUACUAGAAAGGUUGAAUGAAUUUGCCUUCAGUUAACCUGGGACCUUCUGUUUAGCUUCCUUCUGCCUCCCAAAGAUUUUAAGCAUUUUGUAAAUGUAUAAACUCACCUCUGGUAACAGUGGCCCAGACGCUGCUUUGUGCUAAAAGCAUGGGAAGUGUAAAGGCAGUCUUUCCCUGGGAAAUGGAUGUUACUCUAUUCUGCUGCCCCUACCUGUUCCUGAGGCCUCAUUUAGAAAGAAAGUCCCCUCAGAAGGCUGUCUGGCACUUAGUGUCCUAGCCAGGUCAAGUAUAUGAGAAAGGUAAGUUCAUUUUCCCCUUCAGGUCCUCAGUGGAUUACUUAACCACUGCUGUCCCUCGGUCCCUUUUUCCUAAACAGGGGUUUAGUUCUGUCUUUUUCUCCUUUUUUCUAAAUGCCGGUAAAUAUCUACAUUCAGCCAGGAAAGAGGAGGCCAGAGGUCAGGCCAGCUGCCCCCAUUCUUUUAACGUUGUAGGGCCUGCCCCUGGAGUGGACCCUCCUCUUUGGGCCUCGUGAGCUUUUUUGCUUAUCAUGUUCCAUCUCUUGCCGCUUUCCCCCUUCAAGACGCCACUUGAAGGGUAGGGGAUCUGCUUCCCACUGUAACUGGGCUAUGGGAUGCUGACUACCUUGCUUACAGAUUCAUGGUUUGAUAAAUUUGUUGUAUUCAAAAACUUGAAAUGCAGGACGCCAUUAAGUGUCUGUUUAUAUUUUUGGAAUAUUUGUAUUACUUACAAUUAAUUAAUAAAAGUGGUUUUAAAAACCUAUCCAGGAA